AACUUUGAGUGAUAACUGCAUUCACAUCCAACCGGAUCUGCAGCCGCUUUCCAAAAAGUUCUUUCUUCUCAGCGGUGCGAAUUAACCCACCUGGCACUCGCUCUUCUAAAGAGAAACCUGUUCCUAUGAAUGAAGCUGCUUUGCUGGGGCUCAUGCGGAAGCUGCCCUCCCCGAGGGCUUGGGCAAAGCAGGCAAAGGAAGCCACCGGGGAGGGAGCGCCACGGCCGGCUGCCGGUGGAGGCUGCCCUUGGCUGCAGCUGCAGGUGCUCGGCACUCGCUGUCCUGCCCAAGAUGCAGUCUCUGGAUGCCGAUGAGCUCAUGGUGGAUGAAGAGGAUGAUAUUUUCGGUGAAGGACUGCCAACCAAACUCCCAGACAUCAUGCUGGUAGGGUCCCAGUCCUUUUCGCCAGGAGGGCCCAAUGGGAUCAUCAGAAGCCAGUCCUUUGCAGGUUUCAGCGGCCUUCAGGAAAGACGGUCCAGGUGUAACUCCUUCAUCGAAAAUUCUUCUGCUCUGAAGAAGCCACAGGCCAAACUGAAGAAAAUGCACAACCUGGGGCACAAAAACAACAGCCCUCCCAAAGAGCCUCAGCCUAAAAGGGUGGAGGAGGUUUACAGGGCGUUGAAAAGUGGACUUGAUGAGUACCUGGAGGUUCACCAAACAGAGCUGGACAAGCUGACAGCACAGUUAAAAGAUAUGAAAAGGAACUCGCGCCUGGGUGUGUUGUAUGACCUGGACAAGCAAAUUAAAACGAUUGAAAGAUACAUGAGACGCCUGGAGUUCCACAUUAGCAAGGUGGAUGAACUCUAUGAAGCUUACUGUAUCCAGAGACGCCUCCAAGAUGGUGCCAGUAAAAUGAAGCAAGCUUUUGCCAGUUCCCCAGCCAGCAAAGCUGCCCGAGAGAGCCUGUCUGAGAUCAACCGCAGCUUCAAAGAAUAUACAGAGAAUAUGUGCACCAUAGAAGCGGAGCUGGAGAACCUGCUGGGGGAAUUCUCCAUCAAAAUGAAAGGCCUGGCCGGCUUUGCUCGUCUCUGUCCCGGAGAUCAGUAUGAGAUUUUCAUGAAGUAUGGCCGGCAGAGAUGGAAGCUGAAAGGCAAGAUAGAAGUGAAUGGCAAGCAGAGCUGGGAUGGAGAAGAAAUGGUUUUCCUGCCCCUGAUAGUUGGGUUCAUUUCCAUUAAGGUCACGGAGCUCAAAGGGCUCGCCACACAUAUCCUCGUGGGCAGUGUGACCUGCGAGACCAAGGAGCUGUUUGCAGCCCGGCCUCAGGUGGUGGCUGUGGACAUCAAUGACCUCGGCACGAUCAAGCUGAACCUGGAGAUCACCUGGUAUCCAUUUGACGUGGAGGACACAACGUCAUCGUCGGGUGCUGCCAACAAGACAGCAGCCCUGCACAGGAGGAUGUCCAUGUACAGCCAGGGCACCCCGGAAACGCCCACCUUCAAGGAGCACUCCUUCUUUAGGUGGCUGCUCCCUUCACCAGACAAGCCCCGCCGGCUGUCUGUCCUGAGUGCCUUGCAGGACACUUUCCUUGCCAAGCUGCACCGCAGCCGCUCCUUCAGUGACCUACCCUCCCUCAGGCUCAGACCCAAGGCCGUGCUAGAGUUUUAUUCAAAUCUGCCCGACGACAUCUUUGAAAAUGGCAAGGCAACCGAAGAGAAAAUGCCACUGUCUCUCAGCUUCAGCGACCUCCCCAAUGGGGACUGCACCCUCCCCUCUGGCCCGGCAGGCUCUCCCGCCAGCCCCUGCCUGCCAAACCCUGAAAUCACCAUCACCCCUGCAGAGCUUCCCCCCAGCGAGGUACCAGAUGACAACAGGUCAGCUUCUCCCAGGAACUCUGUGGGAGAAGGCUCUGAGCCCAAGCCUUCGCUGGGGGGAGAUGUGGAGGUGCCCCAGCCACCUGAGGCUGGUGGGCAGGUGGUGGGAGCAGGAGCGGCGCCCGAUCCCCUGUUCCUGGAGGACGCAGUGGCCCAGGCAUUGCUGCGAGAGUCGGAGGAAGCCUCGGAGCUCAAGCCUGUGGAACUGGAUGCAUUUGAAGGGAACAUCACCAAGCAGCUGGUCAGGAGGCUCACCUCGGCGGAAGUGCCCCUGGCCGCCGAGAGGCCAUCUUUGGAAGGCUCUGUUGGUGGAGACUCGGAAGGUCUGAGGUCCUUUCUAGAUGGCAGCCUGGAGGACGCCUUCAAUGGGCUUUUCCUGGCGUUAGAACCGCACAAAGAGCAGUAUAAAGAGUUUCAGGAUCUGAACCAAGAAGUCAUGCAUUUGGAUGAUAUUCUCAAAUGCAAGCCCGCAGGAAGCCACAGCAGGUCUUCCAGUUUCAGCCUCACAGUGGAAAGUGCUUUGGAGAGCUUUGAUUUCCUGAACACCUCUGAUUUUGAUGAGGAGGAGGAUGGUGAUGAAGUGUGUAACGUCGGAGGAGGUGCAGACUCAGUGUUUUCUGAUACUGAGACUGAGAAAAAUGGUUACAGAUCGGUUCAUCCAGAAGCCCGUGGACAUCUUAGCGAAGCCCUGACUGAAGACACCGGAGUUGGGACGAGCGUGGCAGGAAGCCCUCUGCCGCUGACCACUGGAAAUGAAAGCCUGGACAUCACCAUCGUUAGGCACCUGCAGUACUGCACCCAGCUUGUUCAGCAAAUUGUUUUCUCAAGCAAAAUCCCAUUCGUGGCUAGAAAUCUCUUAGAGAAGCUUUCAAGGCAGAUCCAAGUGAUGGCGAAGCUGGCAGCUGUCAGUGAUGAGAACAUAGGAAACAUCAGUUCCGUCAUCGAAGCCAUUCCAGAAUUUCACAAAAAGCUGUCUCUGCUGUCAUUCUGGACCAAAUGCUGCGGCUCCACCGGUGUGUACCACAGCUCGGCCGACAGGGUUGUGAAGCAGCUGGAGGCCAGCUUCGCCAGGACUGUCAACAGAGAAUGCCCGGGACUGGCAGACCCAGUGUUUCGAACCCUGGUGUCGCAGAUCCUGGACAGGGCUGAGCCUCUGGUCUCCUCCAGCCUGUCCUCAGAAGUGGUCACCGUCUUCCAGUUUCACAGCUACUUCUCCAGCCAUGGAGUGAGUGACCUUGAGAGUUACCUGAGCCAGCUGGCCAGGCAAGUCUCCGUGGUCCAGGCUCUGCAGUCCCUCAGAGGUGAGAAGCUUCUGCAGACCGUGACCGACCCAGCUCCAGGCCACCUCCCUGCCCCGCAGGAAGUCCUAGGGACCCUGGCCCUGCUGCUAACUGGAGGCGACAGUGAAGUGAGCGAGGCUGUGACGCUUUACUUGGCAGCAGCUUCCAAAAACGAGAAUUUCAGGGAAAAGGCCCUGCUCUAUUACUGUGAGGCACUGACGAAGACUAACCUGCAACUGCAGAAGGCGGCCUGCCUUGCCCUGAAAAGCCUCCAGGCUACCGAAAGCAUUAAAAUGCUGGUGACGCUGUGUCAGUCGGACACUGAAGAGAUCAGAAGCGUGGCCUCAGAAACCCUCUUGUCCCUUGGAGAAGCUGGGCGCCUGGCCUAUGAGCAGCUGGACAAAUUUCCUCGAGAUUGUGUGAGAGUCGGUGGUCGUCAUGGGGCUGAAGUUGCCACGGCCUUUUGAUCACAAGCUAACUCUGCCUGACAGCUG